GUGAUGAUGGAAUACAUCGGAGCCACCGGAGUUGAAGUAACAUUUGAGGGAGUUCCGAUCAAUGACUCCAUUGAUUUUCAUUUCAUUCUUAGUUUUGCCAUUGAUGCUGACUCAUCCGGCAACUACCAGAACGGCAAAUUCUCGCCCUACUGGGUUGAAACUCUCUCGCCGGAAUCAGUCGCAGCCAUCAAGUCCCGCCACCCUAAAGUCAAAGCCCUCGCCAGCCUCUCUGGGUGGAGCCUCGGUCAGAAAGUUCUCUACUGGUACAACCCACAGGACCCAGAAGCCUGGAUUUCCAAUGCAUUUUCCUCCCUCAAAUCCAUAGCAACAACAUACCAUCUCGAUGGCAUCGACAUAGACUAUGAAAACUUCCCAAAACAUAACUCUUCAUCCUUCGCCUACUGCAUGGGCCAGCUUAUCACCCUCUUGAAGAACCAAUCCGUAAUUUCCGUGGCCACAAUCGCCCCAUUUUACACCACAGUUCCGCCCUACAUCGAUCUCUUCAGCAAAUACGGCGCUGUCAUCGACUAUGUAAACUACCAAUUCUACACCGACAAGGUCAAGAAUCCGGGAGGGUACUUGAAGGCGUUUGCGUUGAGGGCUAAGCAGUUUGAUAGGGAGAAAGUGUUGCCCAGCUAUGAGGUGAACGGAAGAGGUAUUCAGGGUGAUGGGUUCUUUGAGGCUUUGAGAUUGUUGGAGGACAAUGGGUUUGACGUUAAUGGAGUUAUGAUCUUCUCGGCUGAUGCUUCCAUGAGUAACGGGUAUUACUAUGAGAAAAAAUCGCAGGCCUUCUUACUCAAUUCUACUCGAGUUUGA